AUGGUCAACACAGGUAAGCACGUCGUCUUUGACGUCGUUGGCACCUGCGUGUCGUACGAGGCAUUCUUCGACGGGAUCGAGACGCGCAUGGGCGAGCGUCUUCGCGCAGAAGGGAUCAAGCCACGACUAUUCGGCUUUGCAUGGAUGGAAGCCGCCGAGCGCGAGUGCAGUUACCUGGACAGGUCUGGUCGUUAUGUGCCCUUCUGGAGCGUCUUCCAGCCGCUGUUCUUCCGUAUUCUGUGGAUGGCGGGCAUUCAGGAGCCACGCAAGUUUGCGAACGAGGAGGACGCCGCCUUUAUGGUCGGCGAGUAUCGCAAGUUGGCAGCUCGCCCUGGCCUUCAAGAGUGCUGGGCACGGUUGCGAGAGUCUGGCUUCACUGUUUGGGCUGUGACAACCGGCGAUGCCAUUCGUGUUCAGAGAUACCUAGCCAACGCCGGUGUCGAUUUGCCAACAGAAAAUUUCGUAACUUGCGAUGACCUUGGUGUCGCAAAACCGUCCCUUGAGGUAUACAAGCAUGUCCUCGAAAAGUUUCCUGGAGCCGAUGAGAAAUGGUUCGCGGCGGCGCACAUGUGGGACACCUCAGCGGCAAAGCAGGCCGGAUUUAAGGCAGCUUGGACUUCGGAUUAUGAGAAGGAGCCGGUGACAGAAGUCUUUGGGGAGAUUGAUGUGUUGGCGGAUUCCCUCGUAGAAAUGGCGGACAAGAUCAUUGCUGUAUCUAAUAAAUAG